CCCUCUCUCAUCCCCUUCCUAUCUCCCUCGCGCGCUCACCCCAUCGCCAUGGGAGCUCUCCGCCUCCCUUCGUCUCCUCUCUCCCUCCUCCUCUCCCCAUCCACCCCUAUCCUCCGCUCCUCCCCCACCCUCCGCCUCCUCCGCCCCUCCCUCUCCGGCGGCGGCGGCGGCGGCGCCCCCGGACGCGGCGGCGUCUCAGCCCGGAGCCUCACCAAGGACGCGGCUGCAGCGGCGGCGGCGGCGGCGGCGGCGGCGGAGGGGGCGGAUCGGAAACCCUCGUCAUCGUCGGGGUACGAGGGCUCGGUGACCCCCCGGUCGGUGGACUUCAACGCGUGGUACCUCGACGUCAUCGCGAGCGCCGAGCUCGCCGACUACGGGCCCGUGCGGGGGACCAUGGUGAUCCGACCCUACGGCUACGCGAUUUGGGAGGCGAUUCAGGAUUUUUUGAAUGUAAAGUUCAAGGAGACUGGGCAUAGCAACAUGUACUUCCCUCAGUUUAUUCCAUACUCAUUUAUUGAGAAGGAAGCCAGUCAUGUAGAAGGGUUCAGUCCUGAGCUUGCAUUGGUGACGAUUGGAGGAGGGAAGGAACUUGAGGAGAAACUUGUGGUAAGACCGACAAGUGAAACCAUCGUAAAUCACAUGUUUACUCAAUGGAUUCACAGCUACCGAGACCUUCCUCUCAUGGUUAACCAGUGGGCCAAUGUGACGAGAUGGGAAAUGAGGACCAAACCUUUUGUUAGAACCCUUGAAUUUUUGUGGCAAGAGGGUCAUACAGCUCAUGCAACUCUAGAGGAGGCUGAGGAGGAGGCGUUACAGAUGAUUGACAUCUACACGAAUUUCGCUUACGAACAAGCUGCAAUACCUGUUAUUCCAGGUAGAAAAUCGAGAGUUGAGACAUUUGCUGGUGCCAAUCGAACUUACACUAUUGAAGCUAUGAUGGGUGACAGAAAGGCAUUACAAGCUGGAACUAGUCACAACCUUGGCCAGAAUUUUUCUCGUGCCUUUGGAACACAGUUCACUGAUGAAAACGGACAAAGGCAAUACGUAUGGCAGACUUCUUGGGCUAUCAGCACCAGAUUUGUUGGUGGCAUCAUCAUGGCUCAUGGAGAUGAUGCUGGUCUAAUGCUUCCUCCAAGGAUAGCACCCAUACAAGUAGUAAUAGUGCCGAUCUGGAAAACAGCAGAUGAGAAAGCAGGAGUUUUAGAUGCCGUAGCCUCCAUUCAGCAAGUACUCAAAACCGCUGGAAUAAAAGUCAAAGUUGAUGACUCAGAGCAACGAACGCCGGGAUGGAAAUUUAAUUUUUGGGAGAUGAAAGGUAUCCCUUUACGAAUAGAAGUUGGACCUCGCGAUGUAACCAACAGGAGCGUGGUUGUAUCGAGGCGAGACAUCCCUGGAAAGCCCGGCAAGGAUUUUGGGGUUUCUAUGGAGCCUUCAUCUCUAGUAGAUCAUGUGAAGAGACGGUUAGAGGACAUCCAGUCAUCGCUCUUGCAAAGGGCCACAUCAUUCCGUGAUAGCAACAUAGUUGAUGUGAGCUCAUAUGGCGAACUGAAGGAGGCAAUUGCCGAAGGGAAAUGGGCACGGGGUCCUUGGUCAGCAAGUGAUGCCGAAGAGUUAAAGGUUAAGGAAGAGACCGGUGCGACAAUACGUUGCUUCCCAUUCGACCAGCCCGAGGGGCACAAGAAGUGCUUUAUGAGCGGUAACUCAGCCGACGAAGUUGCGAUUUUUGCCAAAUCUUAUUAGUUUCGAUGUACUCUUCAGCAAUCUUAUUAGUUUCGAUGUACUCUUCAGCAAUUUUGCGCAUCACACACGUAAUUUAGCUUUCCUUUUGUUGUUAAUUUAUUGUAAUCCUAGUGGCUGCAUAAUGAUUCAAUUUGUGAAAGAAUUAAAGAAUUAACACCAUAAAGUAAUGAUGGAAUCGAUAUAUAUUUUUCGU